ACACCACCUGACCAUCACCCCUCGUUCUGGAUCGUUCGGCCACUCCCGAGCGACACUUCGCUCAUUUCUCUCUGCCACGUAUGUCUCGAGAACCCUGCUUCUUCCGGUCACUCCACGUCUCAAGGCCCCAGUGAACACCUAACCGAGUCUACCUCGAGCCUCGCCAACACCCAGACGGCACAGAACUCCCUGGAUUAUCUAAGAACUGGCUUCAUCCUCUAUCUGUCUCCCGGCGCCGUCAACGAGUUUGCCUCCAGUGUUGUCACUCGUGCUCCAUGAAAGUCUCCUGCCGCUAGUGGAGAGACGACAGGCUGCGGCCAUUCCCCUCCACCAUGAAUUUCGACCGGACAGACAUCGUGUUCGUGGUGGAGAAGAGUGUGUCCAUGAAGACCUACCUGACGGAGCUGCUGGAGUCCUAUGUCACACCUAUCAUAUCACUCUUUGGUGGAGGUCUCUCCGAAGAGUCUGAUGUAAUCUUUACACAAAGUAGUAUGGUCCAAUAUGCCUCUGUGUUCUAUGGCACAGAGCUCUCCCUUGUAGGAGGGUGGGGUCAGGUGGAAUGCUUUGGCCCCACUUGCUCUGAGAAUGAGAUUCUAAACUCCAUCAGGAAUGCCCGCUACUCUGGCAAAAACCUUACACGACAAGCAUUUAUCCUGGAUGGACUUCAAGCUGCUCUCAAUAUGUUUGAAGCCAUGAAGCAGCGCAGUCCAGCUGGAGAGAAUGUACAGAGAUGCUGCAUCCUGGUGACUCAGAGCACACCUAUGAGCAACCCCUGGUCCCCUACCAAUCUGGAGAAGGUCAUCCUGGAUAUCAAACGAAAUAAAAUCCAGCUGUCAGUAGUGUCAGCCCACAAGCUGGUAGAGCUGUACUGUUUGUUUGAUGCUGCUGGGGGAGACCACCAGUCCACCCUCAACAAGAACUAUGCCAGCAAACCCCAACACCUGGUGCUCCUGCAGGGCUUCAGUCUGCAGGAGCGAGCACUGAGCCCAUCCCUGAUGCCGUACUGCCAAAAUACACCCGUCCCCACACCCCCUGCACCCCCCACGCCCCACAUAACCCAAAGUGUCAACGUGCCCACUCCGGCCGGUCCCGGAGUCACCACCCCCUCUCCAGGACCUGUUGUCACUGUGGGCUCUCCAGUUCCUUCCCAGCCACCUCAUGUAUGUGUUGGCAAGAUGGUGCGUCCAGGUGCAGUGAACCCCAUGGUGGUGAACCCUCCACAGGCCUGUGGUCCUCAAGGUAUGCCUGUUGUGCGGCCCAUCAUGCCUCGGAUGAUCACUCCACCAAGGCCACGUUGGCCUACAGACAACGUUACUGGUAGCACCAACACUCCACCAAUGAAUACUUGGAUAGCCCCCAACCCACGCCCACAAGUCAUAUCCUCCAUAAUGUUGAACCAGCAGCCACAGCCACCAGUUCCUACAGAUGGCAUGGGACCCAAACCUCAGCAGCAGCAGCCCACACCUAUGCCAAAUGUUGAUGGCAGUAUGAUCAACACCAGCAUCCAAGGCCAAAAUCCCCAGCAGCCCCAGAUGUCGGUGGGCCCCACAGGUGUCAACCCCACCAUGAACCCCCCAACCCAGCGCACCGUGGUGUGGCAAGGCACGUUGGAGUGGCAGGAGAAGAAGCCAGACAACAACAGUAGAGUGGUGCAUCAGGUGACCUGCAAGAUGACCUCAAUGGUGGUCGAUGGAGAGCCUGAAGUGAAGGCUGAUCACUGGGCCACCACACUGAUAAUGCAGAUGAUCCCCAAGCACAUCCUGGGCUCCAUUGGCAACACCUUCUUCAGGAACGUCAAGACAGUCAUGUUCCUCCCUGACCAGAGUCACGCCCUUGAGAUCCUCACAAAUUUUCUCUUCCGUGGUAUGGCUGGAUGUGUCCAUGUGUCCCAUCCAUCACCACACCCAUCAGCACACCAGCAAAGUGAUGUCAAGGUGAUCAUCCUCCUUUACUCCAGUGAGAAGAAAGCAUAUGUUGGCUUUGUCCCCAUCGACCAGUUAUCCUUUGUCAACAAGAUCAAGAGCGUCAUUCAAAAUGCCCGCAAGUCCCAGACUACAACCAUGAUGGCACCUGGCACUGGUCCUAGCACAUCUCACAUGGGCGUACCAGGAAAUGCAGGGCUCCAGCAGUUACCGUCUACUGCUGCAGGUACAGGGAUGAAUGUAAUCCCCACCCAGAGCAUGAUCAUCCACAACAAUCCUCAGCUGACUCAGGCCCUCAGUCAGCCCCUCAAUCCAGGUGGCACCAAUUUAUUGGGAACAAACCAGAUGUCCAUAGCAGGAAGUGGUGUGACUCAGGGCCCUGGAGUCAAUGUGCAGAUGGCUCCUGGCCAGUCAGUACUGGCCAGCCAACUUACCACACGACCAACUCUUAAUUUACAACAACCACAGCAGCAACAACAACAACAACAACAGCAGCAGCAGCAGCAACAGCAACAGCAGCAGCAGCAACAGCAAACAGAGAUGUUGCAAAUGAGACAAAAUCCACAGCAGCAACCACAGCAACAGCAGCAUCAUACACUACGGCAACAAGUGCACCAACAGAGGCCCAGCUUGACCAUGAGUCUGGGCCAGCAGGGUCCAGGAGGCACAGCUGCCCUGGGUCAGCCACGUAUGAUGCAACCCAUGCAGGGCACUGGCCUCAAGCAACUUCUGCAGCAGCAGCAACAUGUGAGGCUCCAGCACCAACAGCAGCAAGUACAGCAGCAGCAGCAACAGCAACAGCACAUUAUUAUGAUGCAGCAACAAGGAAUGCGGCCACAAAUGACAGGCCAAGGUCAGCAAGUGAUGGGGCAGGCCAUUGGGCAGCAGACACUAGCACAGCAGGCCUUGGGUCAGCAGAAUAUCAACCAGCAGGGCAUGGGACAGACACUUCAAGAUGGCCCAGACUAUAUUGGGGACUUGUUGUAAAAAAAGGUGAAAACAAAUGUGCAUAUUUAUUUUUUUACAAGUUGUGUAUUCCAGUAGGAGGUACAGUAUUCUUAAAUUGUGCAAUAUAUCCUCUGGCCCAUGAUACAUGAUCCCUUUCAUCUGUUCAUCAUGUAUCCCUGCCAGCGAAGGAGUGUGUGACAUUCCUUAUAUCAUUGCAGCAUACCACACCACACCACCCAUGCUACAGCAUGUCAUGUUUGCAUUCCAGUAUUGUGGUAGACUUGGAAGGCAGAGAUGUGAUGGUACAAUAUUUCCAAUAUUAGUGAUUUACAUUGAGUUUUCCUCUGUGUUGCUUAUACACUAGAACACAGUUAUCGUUGUUUGGAUACACUUGCUGUCACUGAUAAAUGUACACCUGUGCACAUGUGGCAAUGAUAUUUAACCAGAUAGAUCCAAAUAAAUUUAUGUUGCCACUUCCAUCAUUCUGAAUUUCAUAUUAAUUAAAUGAGAUUGAUUUACAUUAAUUUUAAUAUUGUACUUUUUUUUGUUUGUUAAUCUUAACUGUGUUAUUAAUUUGUAAAUAUUUUAAUGCUUUAUGUAUUUAUUCUAUCUCUCUCUUACCUGUUAUAGAAUGCUUCCCCCAUUGGGACGGUUGAAACAUGUCUCUAUAUAUAUUAUCUCUCCGUGCACAUUCUAAUCCUGUCAGGCUUGUUGUGUACAUUUAACUUUCUCAUAUACUCCAGAACUAAAUCUUCUUUCACUA